AUGCUCUACACCGAAGAGAGACCCAAAGCCAAAAAAGCCUCAAGCCUCGUCGCCGGGAGCAGCCACCACCGGACCCCAUUCAGGCCGGAAAGAGGUCCGGUGGUGGCGGCUCCCGCCGGCUGUUCCUUUGGCCAUCUGUGUAAGUCCAAGAGAAUUCGGGUCCAGACUAGUUCUGAUCUUUGUGAUCUUCACAUCGUGUACAUGGGUGGUCGGCCACAAGAACACGCAUUCGCGGCAAACAACCAUUACACGAUGCUGCACAAAUCACUCGGAAGUGCCUCAUCAGCCAAAGAGUCGCUAGUGUACAGUUACUGGAGAAGUUUUAACGGCUUCGCAGCCAGGCUGACAGAGGCGGAAGCUGCAGGGAUUUCGGAAAUGGAAGGAGUGAUCUCGGUAAAACCAAGCCGUAAAUACAAGCUUCACACGACCAGGUCGUGGGACUUCAUGAAUCUCACCGUGAACGAACUUGGACCUUCCACCAACUCGGAUGUCAUCAUUGGCUUUCUCGAUUCUGGAGUCUGGCCCGAGCACCCGAGUUUCAAUGACAAAGGUUUCGGCCCUCCGCCGGCCAAAUGGAACGGUACCUGCACAACCCAGAACUUCACCUGCAAUAACAAGAUUAUCGGGGCCCGCUACUACAACAGCGACGAUCUCUACCUUGAUGGGGACAUCCCGUCCCCACGGGACACUGAUGGUCAUGGGACCCACACGGCAUCCACUGCCUCAGGCGUCCAGGUGGAAGGAGCAAGUUAUUUCGGACUGGGCAACGGCACGGCCAGGGGCAUGCCCAACUCGAGGAUCGCGGUCUACAAAGUCUGUUGGAUGAUUGGGUGUGACUCAGCUAACAUGCUCAAGGCCUUUGACGACGCCAUAGCCGAUGGAGUCGACAUCAUCUCGAUCUCGUUUGGAGGUGGCUGGCCGCUUCACUACUUUGACGACUUGAUAGCUAUUGGGUCCUUCCACGCCAUGACGCAUGGGAUCUUGACAUUGGGCUCGGCUGGAAAUUCGGGCACGGACCCCGCAAGUGUCACGAAUUUCGCGCCGUGGAUGCUCACGGUGGCUGCCAGCUCGAUAGACAGAAAAUUUACUUCCAGAAUGGAACUAGGAAAUGGUGAAGUCUAUACCGGAAUUGCUAUCAACACCUUUGAUCUCAAUGAGACUUCAUAUCCAUUGAUGUGGGGGGGAGAUGCAGCAAACUACACGGGUGGUUAUAAUAGGGACAUAGCUAAAUCCUGCAUACAUGGUGCCAUGAACGCCAACAGAGUGUCAGGAAAAAUUGUUUACUGCGAAAGCUUGGGGGAUGGUUCAGGAAUUCUGAACGCCAAUGGUGCCGGGCUCAUCAUGGCCGAUGUACUUUCAUUCGACCAAGAUGUGGCCUUCAGCUGGCCAUUGCCAACGACGUUCAUCAGCCCACAAGAAGGAAACAGAGUUCUCGAGUACAUUAGAACCACAGACAACCCAGUAGCAACCAUUUUCUACAGUGAUGAAUGGAAAGACGUCAUGGCUCCAGUUGUUGCUUCGUUUUCUUCCAGAGGGCCCAACCCACUCUCCCCUGACAUUCUUAAGCCUGAUUUGACAGCACCUGGAGUGAACAUUCUAGCCGGGUGGUCCCCCUCAGUCUCAUCUUCAAUCUAUGAUGGUGACAAAAGAAGCACGCUAUUCAAUAUCCUAUCAGGCACGUCCAUGUCAUGCCCUCACGUCAGUGGUGCUGCCGCCUACGUUAAAUCUGUUCAUCCCGACUGGUCACCUGCAGCCAUAAAGUCAGCCCUAAUGACAACAGCUUCCGUCAUGGACCCAAAAAAACACGAAGAUCUCGAAUUCGCAUAUGGAUCGGGCCACAUCGACCCCGUCGCAGCACUUGAUCCGGGACUUGUGUUCAACGCAUCGGAAGUCGACUACAUCGACUUCCUGUGUGAACACGGCUACAACACCACCACCCUAAGGCGAAUCACGGGGGACAAAAGCACUUGUGCGGGCACAAGGGCCCGGGAUCUCAACUACCCCUCGUUCUCUUUAUACGUCCAAGAUGGCCAAACCAUCAAGAAAACCUUCACCAGAAAGGUGACGAAUGUUUGCAAGUCAAACUCAACCUACACCGCCAGCUGGCACGUACCUGCAUCAUCCAUCAUUGUCACGGUCAAGCCGUCCAUUCUCACCUUCUCGGAUUAUGGGGAAACCAAUACAUUCACGGUCAGCGUCUCGGGUCCCGCCAUCUCGCAGAAGCCGAUCGUGUCGGGAGCAGUCAUGUGGACAGACGGGACCCACGUGGUGAGGGUUCCACUCGUGGUCUAUAACUACAUCCAGGGUACUCCUAACAAUCUCGGGGUAGCUCAGUCCAUGAAGGUACCGGCCCGCCAAAAGUCCUCGAUUUAUCAGAAGGUUGAAGAAAAAGGGAAGCAGUUGAAGUCCCAUGGGUGA